AGGGAGCACAGCCCGGCUCAAGCCUGGCUCCCAAACCUCAUUCCAGCUUUGCACCACCCACACGGAGCUGAUGGAGGGAGUCUCACCUCUGCUCUACAUCACCGGCUGCUCGGACUCCUUCACUGCUCUGCUCAACACGCUCCGGACUGGAAGGAUGGAGCUUUUCCUGCUUCACUACCCCUUUACCUGUCUGUUCAUCGCCUUUCUAGUCCUCUACCAGCUGAAACCUGCGUUCAGAUUCUUCUGCAAGAUGACCUUCUAUAAGUUGUGGCUCUUCACCAUAGGCAUCGGGGUUACCAUCCUCAGUAUUCCUCGUGGACGUAACGUAGAGAACAUGAUGUAUAUUCGCACACUGGUCCUGCCACUCAAAUACAUCUUUGGCAUUCAGAUAGUGGUGAAGGGCAAGGAGAACCUCAGGACUAAGAAACCUUAUGUCCUGGUGCUGAAUCACCAGACCUCCCUUGACAUCAUGGUGAUGCUGGAGAUAUUGCCGAGGCGCUGCGUGCCCAUCGCCAAGAAGGAGAUUCUGUACAUGGGCACCUUCGGCCUGGCCUGCUGGCUCGCGGGGGUCAUCUUCAUCGACCGCAAGAGGAGGGAGGAGUCCAUCAGCACCCUGACAGAGGUGGCACAGUCCCUGCACAAGGACAACCUCCGUGUCUUGAUCUUCCCUGAAGGAACUCGCAACCAUGGUGACUCCAUGCUGCCCUUCAAACGUGGGGCCUUCCUGCUGGCUGUGAAAGCCCAGGUCCCCAUUAUUCCUGUCGUGCUGUCUUCCUACAGCAACUUCUACAACCAGAAGGAGAAGAGAUUUACACCAGGAAAGAUGAUCAUCCAGAUCCUUCCAGAAGUGGAGACGCUCGGGCUGGGCCCUGAUGAUGUUCCCAAGCUGACGGCGCAGAUCCGUGACUCCAUGGUCUCCACCUACCAGGGGAUAUCGGGAAUGGCCAACGGAGCUUCCCAUUAGCAAUUCCAUCUGCCAGCUCCAGCUCUGUGCCACAGCUGAGGGGAGGCCAUGGCAGCCACGGGAAGGUCUGGCAGCAGAGACAGCUGUGGACUGCAGCACUGACACACUGGAGACAGGCAAAACAUCCACCAAGGAGAGAAGCUUCCAAGGGGAAUGUUGCACAUUCCUCCCAGAGAACUGUGCCACCCAUGGGGACAGACACAUGGUGGGCAGCUGGACAUUUCUGUGUCAUCACAACCCUGGGAACGUGUCUCCAGCUGGAGCCCAGGCUGAGCUGGGCCCUUCCUGUGAUCAUCGCUGCUUGCUUUUAUUCAUCUUUUGCUGUUCAGAGCCAACAAGGUGGAGGCCUUGAUCCCAAGCCUGUGAUCAUCCUGCCAGGGAAGUGGCUGCCUUGGGGUUUGAGGGCUUCCACAUUCCCCUAAAACACAGGAGAAGGCACUGUUUCCUUCCUCUUCCAUGGGGAGGAUUUGGGAGGUACCUCUGCCACAAGAGAAACUAAGAGCUUUGGGAGAGGGGAAUUAAAGACCUUACGUGUGUCUGCA